UCAUUUCGGGACUCUUAUCUCAAUAAUCAUGAUAAGAAAAGUAUCAGUUUACAAUUUUAAUGAAGAAAAGCCAUUGAAAUGGUUGUUAUUAUUGUUAUGAAUGUCACAAAACAUGUCAAACACUGGUGUGGCUAUUUUCAUUCAGAGUGCGUUCCAUAACGUCACCCAUACCAAAACUCUUGAAACUUGAACAAAUUCAUUGAUUAUUUACUUAAAACCAGUGUUUUAUAAUCACGACUGGUUUUUAUUUUAAACAAUUUAUUGGCAUAAUUAUUUAAUUAAAUUUGUUUUUUUGCAAAUUGCGGAACGUGGCCACUUGUGUCAACUGUCACAUUGUCAAAAAUCAAAAAAAAAUGCUAGGUUAUGUCACAAGUGUGCCCUGCCCGCCUUUUUGUUUUUCUCUAAUUUAUUUAUGAGGAAAAAAUGGAUGUUAGUGGUGCCUCUGUGGAUGAUGAGACGUUUUACUCAAACGCCGUCCAGUAUUGGUCCGAAAUUCCUCCAACCAUCGACGGUAUGCUCGGGGGUUUCGGACACAUAUCUCAAACCGAUAUUAGAGACUCAAAGUUGUUACUCAAGCAAUUAUUCAACUCGAAGGAGCCCCCUGGAAGGGAGUAUGCACUUGACUGUGGCGCGGGUAUUGGGAGGAUAACGAAACAUCUCCUUUGUGAUUUUUUCGACAAUGUUGAUUUAGUCGAGCAAAACCCGAAGUUUCUAAGUCAAGCCGAACAGUAUUUAGGGGUGAAGUUGCAAGAAAAGAUUAGGAAUUAUUAUUCUGUGGGGCUGCAAAGCUUCAAACCUGAGACGGGGAAAUACGACGUGAUUUGGUGUCAGUGGGUUUUGGGGCAUUUGACCGAUUUGGAUUUAGUCACGUUUUUAGAAUCAUGCCAUGGACUUAAACUUAAUGGAGUUAUAAUAAUCAAAGAAAACAUCUCUUCAAGUGACGAAAUCGACAAAGAUGAGAGAGACUCUUCAGUAACGCGUCCUCUGUCUUUGUACCGUGAGAUUUUUACAAAAGCGGGGCUAGAUUGUUACCGACAAGUGAAGCAAAGAAACUUCCCGAAAGGUUUAUACACCGUUUACAUGUUUAUAUUAAGGCCCCAGAAACUUGUACCUGAAUAAAUUAAAACAAGUUAAUUU